AUGUUGAGUCGUUGGAAAAGUAAAGAUAAAUCGGAGAAAUCCAGCAAGUCUUCAAGUACAAGUACAAAGAAAAAGAGGAAAGGAAGAGACAAUGAAGACGACUGGCAGGGAGAUCCAAGAAUUGAUGGUGGUUUAUCGGAUGGAGAGGCGACCCGUGGACCGACCCGUGGCCGACCUUCACGUCGUGAUGAUCCGCGUCGUCAUACACUCGCUGGAAACCAUACAAUUUAUAUGCACCAACACCAUUCGGGGCAUAUAAGCACUAUUGAUAUAGAACGGCACAAAGGUACGCCGAUUCUAAUGCACGUCGCACAGUAUUCAACUGUCGCUAAAAAUGGUGACAUGAAGCAGACCAGAGUCUUAGAUCCCGGUAUGAGAAAGCCUCCUCUACCUCGUUAUCCUCCAUCAAACAAUGCGUUGCUCUUCGACGAUGACCCUGGUGUUAUGUCCGAGGUUGAAACAUCAUCAACAGGAUUCCGCAGGGGCGGUAAGCAGCGCUCGUCACUACCUGUAGUCAGAACACCGUCAAAGACUUUGGAAAGGCCUCUUGGUCUCGUUUUUCUACAGUACAGAAAUGAAACUAAGCGGGCAUUAUUGCCUAAUGAAAUUACGUCUAUAGACACCGUGAAAGCUCUCUUCGUCCGAAGUUUUCCAAAGCAGCUUACGAUGCAAUACAUGGAUAGUGAAAACGUCAAGAUAUACAUACACGAAAAUACGAAAGACAUGUUUUAUGAACUAGAGGAUGUGAGGGCGCAUUUAAGGGAUAUCCGCGAUCGGUCAGUAUUGCGACUGUUCGAAGCGACGGAUAUCGGAGGCGGAGUCUUCCCCGGAGCUAUGGGUGUCGGGUCAGUGCCUAUGCCGACGGGAAGCUCGAGCUGUUCGUCAUCAACAUGGGAUGAACAGAACUACUUCUCGGAACCAGAGAUCGAUUCCGACUAUCAUUCGCAACAUGUUCACAACAAGAAUAAGGGGAGCCGUGCCGUAUCCCUCAAACAAGGGAGUUUCCGC